GAUUCAUCCGCCUUGCUCAGGCUAUGGUGCCACUGUCCGGGAUUUGACACCAUGACCCUGCUUGUGAGGGAGAACUCACUAGGAGACUAAGGAAAGGGGGACAGACGCUAAUAUCCCCAUCCACUUUGUCACUUGCCCCAGGCUGCCCAGAGGUCCAGCUUAGUCCCCAAGCACCAUGUCGGACAGCGAUCUAGGCGAGGAUGAAGGUCUUCUGUCCCUGACCGGCAAGAGGAAGCGCAGGGGGAACCUGCCCAAGGAGUCAGUAAAGAUUCUCCGAGACUGGCUGUAUCUGCACCGCUACAACGCCUACCCCUCUGAGCAGGAGAAACUAAGCCUCUCUGGACAGACCAACCUCUCCGUGCUGCAGAUAUGUAACUGGUUCAUCAAUGCCCGCCGCCGCCUUCUCCCUGACAUGCUUCGGAAGGAUGGCAAAGACCCUAAUCAGUUCACCAUCUCCCGGCGUGGGGGUAAGGCCUCAGAUGUGGCUCUCCCCAGGGGCAGCAGCCCCUCUCUGCUGGCUGUGUCUGUUCCAGCCCCCACCAACAUGCUCUCCUUGUCUGUGUGUUCCAUGCCACUCCACUCAGGCCAAGGUGAAAAGCCAGCAGCGUCCUUCCCACAAGUGGAGCUGGAAUCCCCCAAGGCCCUGGUGACCCCUGGUAGCACACUCACCCUGCUGACUAGGGCAGAGGCUGGAAGCCCCACAGGUGGACUCUUCAAUACACCACCACCCACACCCCCAGAGCAGGACAAGGACGACUUCAGCAGCUUCCAGUUGCUGGUGGAGGUGGCGCUGCAGAGGGCUGCUGAGAUGGAGCUUCAGAAGCAGCAAGAUCCAGCGCCACCCUUACUACACACUCCGCUCCCUCUAGUCUCAGAAAAUGCCAAGUAGGCACUGCUCCCAGGCGGCUUGAGGUCCAGGCCAGCUGUCCCAGGUUCCUGGUUCACUUCCCUUUCAUACAGAGGGUUAUCUAUGUACGGAUCACUGCCAAGCAUCAGGAUCAUCUGUCCAGCGGGCCUCAGCAGAAAGAGGCCAGCUGAUGUCGCUGCACUGCACCGUUAACAGGGCCUGUACUCUGCUGAGUGCCAUUCCUUCAAGAGUCCUCUCCGAGGAGACCAAGGCACCAGAGCCAGGUGUGGUGUUGCUGCUGCUGCUUCUCCAGAGAGCCCUGGGACACCUGCACUCCAGCCUGCUUUCCAACCCAGGCUCAGGAAACCUGCCAAGUUCAGACUUGAGCUGGGUCCAAGCCGCCCCUAAGCUGUGCCUCUUGGUCGAGCCAGGUGCACACAUUCCAGCCUAUUCAAAGGACAAAGGAAAAUGCCCAGCAGAUGUCACAGAGCCGACUCCAGUUGAAUGUUUAGAUUUUUGCUAAAUUGUUUUAUUUUCCUUUUGCUGUGGUUUGUGUUAAUGGCAGUAGGUAGCCCAGAAGCACAGGUGUGGGGAGAGAGCACCUUACGUGAGGGAUGGGGCUGGAUGAAUGGGGUAAUCUACGGCUGCUCAGGAUGACUGUAUAAGGGACCAGCAGAUAAUCUAUAGUGCUGAAUUCAGACUAUGGUGAUUGUUUAAUCUUGGUUUGGUUUACCCUGUUAUAAAAGACAGAAGGAAAAUAUCCACAGGUGGUGGAUUCCAGACGGGGAAUAAAGCCACAAUCAAGUCCAAGCAAAGCAGACAGCCAUUUAGACACAGCAGAGACAGAUGAUAAGAGACACACUUGUUUCUAUUGUAGUUUGGGGUGGUUAAGCUAGACUGAAACAGUUUUGUUUUUCUCUCUGUUCUGGGUAGCUAUCCCCGCUUUUGUAGCUUGUUUCAGACUUAGUCCAGCAUCUCCUGCUUGGGGAAGAGUGAGCCAUCUGCUGGUCAGGAGGCCCUUCAGACAUGCCACUUGUUCCUUCACCUAGGCAGUUGGAGCCUUCCUGGAGGAGAGGCUAGUGCAGCUACAGCCGCCUGGGAGCUGUGUCUGUUCACCUCCCUUCAAGUUGGGAUUGCAAGGGGCCUGCCUAAGUUUCCCGGGAAACAGACCACACUUGGUCUUAACCUCCUUCCUUCCCCCUGUUUACUUUGCUUAGUUUUCAGCAGCACUAUACCCCAUCUUUAUAUAUCCUAAGAAACACUAACCCUAGGUUUUUAUUAAUCAAAAUAUUUGUGUUCUGAAUAACCAGAAGAUGUGAGGAGCCCUGACUGUAAUUUCCUGGGGUCUACCAGGUUGUGCGCACAGAUGGGGCUCUUGGAUGUUGACUGACUUGGAGUGCCUGUCCCAGAGGAAGGCAGAAGACGACCACUCUGGCCUUUCUGGGAGCCCCUGACGUUUACCAGGCUUCCAUACCUCUCCUGAGUGGCUGUGCCCCAUUCCUUGCUGUGCAAGUGGAAUGAGAGAUUUGCUGUUUGUAGGGACUGCUCUCCUAGGCUGUCUCGGCCCCCCUCUGGCUUCCUGUACUGCAGGAGACCCAGCAACCUCACCUGUGACCUGGAGGCACUCCUGGGAAGGGCAUGGUGGGUUCACUGAGUUUGGUUUGCCCACUUCUGCCCCACCUGUCUGAGAGCUCCCAUGGCUGUGUAGGAUGCUCCGGUAGGGGGUGAUACUAGGAUGAGGGAUUUUCCCCCCACAGUGCACUGAGCAGGGGAGGAGGGAAGGAGCCAUGCUGCUGACAUAUUCUGGCAUCCCCCUCCUGGAGUGAAACAGGGCAUCUGAAGGGUAGAGCAGUCUCUGCUUAGGUUGCUUGUAAGGUAAAUCUGGAGAAGCACAGUUGUCCCAUUGAACAAUAUUUGAGCAAAAAAACUACUGUAAAUAACUGGUUUUUGUCUUUUGUCAAAUAAAAUUGUUUUGGUUUUGUUUAUGUUUAAAGUCAAA